AGUCAUGUGACCACUUAGAUCUUUAUAUUACCUACACGACCGAUACGUCUGUACUGAAUAGGAGAUCUUGCUUGAUUAUCAUCGUCAAACAACACACAAUUUCUUCAAAUCCACGUCUGACGAGGAAAAAUUAUUCAUCAUGGUUGUCAAGAUUUACAUUGAUAUGCUAUCCCAGCCUUGCCGAUCGCUCAUCAUCUUCCUCAAGAACACAAAGAUUCCGUUCGAAUUGGUAACGGUCAACCUCCGAGAUGGUAGUCAUAUGAAACCAGAAUACAAGAAAAUUACACCUCUGUGCACUGUACCAGCUAUUCAAGAUGGAGACUUUAGUAUGGGGGAAACCAUGGCGAUCAUUAGGUAUUUGGCGACGAAAUAUUCAGACCUAGUCCCUGACCACUGGUACCCGAAGGAUCUAGAGAAAAGAGCCAGAGUUGAUGAAUACAUGGCAUUUCAUCAUACAGGUACAAGAGGAGGAUGCGGUCGUAUCUUUUACAGUGAGAUCGUUAUCCCAAUGCUAUCUGGAGGAAAGGAGCAUGCAUCGGAGGAAAAAUUGAAGAAUGACGAAGAAAAUCUUACCAAGCAGCUUGAUAAGCUGGAGCAUGCUUUCUUACAGGACAAUGCUUGGCUGGCCGGGGAUGACAUCUCAGUUGCUGAUGUGCUGGCCGUUUCUGAGAUGAUGCAGAAUACCAUUAAUGGGCGCGAUGUAACAGAGGGUCGACCUAAACUCAGGGCUUUUGUUGAUCGUGUGAAAACUCGCCUCAAUCCGACAUUUGACGAAACUCACGCAGUAUUGUACGAAUUUAGGGCUAACUAUAAGAAAUAG